GCCUCUUCCGUUCAGUUGCGCUAAAAUGCUGAAAGAGCCCGUGUAACCGAAGCCGUCUCGCAGUGUUCGUGUUUUGCGCCGCAGAGAAACAUCGGAGAAAAUUAUAUUAAAACGGGCUGUCCACUACGGCAAAGCGGGUCGCGCGCAGUUUAACCCUGAACCGGACCCGACUCACCGAGCCGCGGGCAACCUCACCAAAGAACACAGCUGGGAGAGGACAGAGAAAACAACGCUGCUUUGCGCACCUGGAGGCAGAGGAGAUUGCUAACCUGUCACAGCUCGGAGUGUAGUUAGUAACUGUGCACACAUCUCUGGAAGCACAUGGUUAACUUAAAUACAUAGCCGUUCGCUCCAAUGUUGACAAUGAACAUUGUGAGCAGCGUUGAUUAGACUAUGCCACAUUGUGAAAUUGAACGCGUCUUCUUACAAUAAUGGGAAAGGCUAUGCCUGGGUAAUUAUCGGAAUCAGUGACGUGAAACAUGCUUGCAUUACGGGGAACUCUGACAACCUGUGCACGGAGCUGUUCUGCGCGUUCAGAAUGGUAACACCUUGAUUAUAUUUUUAAAGCAAGAGAAACACCGAACAAUCACACAUUCCACUGCUUCGGACUGCGGAAAAACGACUUGACUACUGUCCAGAAUCAACGCUUUUGUGAUUAACCGCGCAAAGAAUAUUGAUGGAGCUGGAAAACAUUGUGGCAAAUACCGUACUACUGAAGGCAAGAGAAGGUGAAGGAGGGAAACGAAAAGGAAGGAGCAAGAAAUGGAGAGAAAUGCUGCGUUUCCCUCACAUCUCACAAUGCAUUGAGCUGAAGAACAGUAUUGAGCGGGAUUACUUCAGCCUUUGUGAGAAGCAGCCGAUUGGAAGAGAGCUUUUCCGCCUCUUCUGUGAGACCAGACCAGAGCUUUCAUGCUGCAUUCAUCUACUGGAUGCCAUGGAAAACUACGAGGUGAUGCCAGAUGAGAAGAGGAGAAACUGCGGUGAGGAAAUAAUCAAGCAGUUUCUCACCAAGCAGUCCUCUGAGUGUGUUCCUGAGGUGGCUGAUAGCUACGGUCAGACGUGUGGAGAGAACCUGGAGAUCAGCCCCUGCAGGGACCUCUUCAGUGACUGCCGAAAGGCCCUUCAUGAGCACUUAAGUGGGGAGCCCUUCUCAGCCUAUCAGGAGAGCAUGUACUUUGACCGCUUUCUGCAGUGGAAGAUGCUCGAGAGACAGCCAGUCACGAAAGGCACAUUUCGCCAAUACCGUAUUCUCGGAAAGGGCGGGUUUGGUGAGGUGUGGGCGUGCCAGGUGAGGGCCACGGGGAAGAUGUAUGCCUGUAAGAAGUUGGAGAAGAAGAGGAUUAAAAAGAGAAAAGGGGAGGCGAUGGCCCUCAAUGAGAAGCAGAUUCUGGAGAAGGUCAACAGCAGGUUUGUGGUCAGCUUGGUCUACGCUUACCAAACCAAAGACCUCCUGUGUCUGGUGGUGACCAUCAUGAAUGGAGGGGACCUCAAGUUUCACAUCUACAACAUGGGCACGCCCGGGUUCGAGAAGGACAGGGUACUGUUCUACGCUGCAGAGAUCUGCUGUGGCCUUGAGCACCUGCAUAAGGAGUCCAUUGUCUACAGGGAUUUAAAACCAGAAAAUAUUCUUUUAGAUGACAACGGACACAUCCGGAUAUCUGACCUGGGUCUGGCCGUUAAAUUGCGGAAGGGGGACACUGUUCGAGGCCGCGUGGGGACUGUAGGAUAUAUGGCACCGGAGGUGAUCAAUAACGAGAGGUACGGCAUGAGCGCAGACUGGUGGGGGCUAGGCUGCCUAAUCUACGAGAUGACGGCUGGCCGCUCGCCCUUCCGGGCGCACCAGGAGCGUGUGAAGAGGGAGGAGGUGGAGAAGAGGGUGAGGGAGCAGGCGGAGGAGUACAAUGAUAAGUUCAGCGAGGACAGUAAAUCCAUCUGCAGAAUGCUGUUAGCUAAAGAUCCGGAGCAGAGGUUGGGGUGCGGAUCCGAUGGGGUGUUGGAACUGAAGGCUCAUAGUUUCUUCAGAAGUAUCAACUUCAAGAGGCUGGAGGCAGGGAUCCUGAAGCCAUCAUUUGUGCCAGAUCCCAGAGCAGUCUACUGCAAAGACGUACUGGACAUUGAGCAGUUCUCCACCGUCAAGGGUGUCAACCUGGACCAAACCGACUGUGAUUUCUAUGCCAAAUUCUCCACCGGCUGCAUCUCCAUUCCCUGGCAGAAUGAGAUGAUCGAGACAGAGUGCUUUAAGGAACUGAACGUGUUUGGGCCCGACGGCUCCCGGCCCCCAGAUCUGGUUUGGAACCCCGCCCCCGCCCCCGAGCCCCCACGACGCAGCCUGCUGGAUCGCAUCUUCAAGAGACAACCUUCAGAGAAGACCAUCCGUUAUAGCCAAAUGUCUUCCAGCAUGAAUUCUGUGGACUCCUUAAUAAACUGAGCCCCCUAGUGGCAGUGUGGUACGUUGGACUGUUCCACUGAAGGGGCCCACACAGCAGGGAGUCUCUACAUGAGCACUGACCAAAACACUGACCAAAUCUGUGGAUUUACGAGAAUGUGUAACUAGGACUGUUGAGUAAAUGUAGUCUCGAAGUCCACCCUCAGGACUGCUGGAGCAAAGAGGACCCCACGGCAAGGGGGCGGGUCAAAUAUCAAAAACAAUUCCAGGGGACUUAUUUUCAAUGAAGGACCACUGCAGGGAAACUAGUCCAUGUCUUUGUUGUUGCAGUUAUUGUUAAUGUACUUAACACUCUCAUACAUGUGCACACACACUCGCCAGUCCCCAGUCACCACAUAAUGCUUUGUGGUGUGCAAGCUCAGGCCAACAAUUGCUCUUAAAAUGUAGUUUUUAAUUUGUUUGCUAUAAUUUUAGUCAUAAUUGUGUGUGUGGAGUGUGUGAUUAAGUUUUAAUUGUGUUUUAAACAAUUUUAGUUUAAUUUUUAGUAAAGCUGAGGAACUAACAUUUAGGGUGUUAACUGGAAAAUAUAGCUAAUGCUUAAAAAAAUACCAGACACAACUAAGCUGUGAAUAUAACCUGAAGCAUCAACAGUACAACCAGUGAAGCAGCACAACCAACGAAGCACGUACAGUCCCCACUACACUGCGCUGACUUUCCCAUCAGCAUUGCUGGCAUUGAGAGGUCCUGUCUGAAGAUCAGACAUUCAGCAGACAUUUCUGGCCAGCAAUAUGAUAUGUGCAGUAGAAAAAAUAAUAAUUUGUGAUAUUCGUCUUCAGAAAUUCAAGGCGUUGCAUUGUUGUAUUUGUCAAAACUACUACUUAAAUGGCCUCUUUGGCAGUUAACUCGAGAGCAUCCUGCUCCAUUCAUCCAACAAGACAAUUUUUAGUGUUCUUUUAAAAUGUACAUUUUUUUACAGUGUUUGUUGGGUGAAGAAGAAAACAAGAUCCAAACAAUCUUCUUUGCCCCUGUUUCAGUGGUGUAUCAGUACUGUAACUUAUUUUCUUUCUUUUUUUCUUUUUGUUCAAGAGACUACACAGGAUAGGAAAUGUUUGUUUCCGUUGCUCACCCACGAUGCAGUACACAAAGCCCCACAUUAGUUCAGUAGGGAACAAUAUUGGUAUGGAAUAUACUGUAGACAUAGAGGCUGCAUUUUCAAUUAAAAAUAAGAAAUAAAAAGUGCACAUGUAUAUAGACAUACAUAUUAAAAUAUGUUGGGUAAACGCUGUGGCUGGCCUGCGACAACCUAAAAGGAAGUAAUCAUCUAAUUACACUGUGCUCCAGAUACCCUUUAGCAUGUACUAGCGCUGUAGUGCAUUUCAUUUUUAGCUGUGCUCCAGAUACCAUUUAGCAUGUACUAGCACUGUUAGCUACAGUGAAUUUCAUUUUCUGCUGUGCUCCAGACAUCCUUUGACAUGUACUAGCACUGUUAGCUACAGUGCAUUUCAGUUUUCAGCUGUGCUCCAUAUACCCUUUAGCAUGUACUAGCACUGUUAGCGACAGUGCAUUUCAUUUUCUGCUGUGCUCCAGACAUCCUUUAGCAUGUACUAGCACUGUUAGCUACAGUGCAUUUCAGUUUUCAGCUGUGCUCUAGAUACCCUUUAGCAUGCACUAGCAUUUUUACCUACAGUGUAUUUCAUUUUCAGCUGUGCUCCAGAUACCCUUGCAUGCACUAGCACGGUUAGCUAUGGUGCUUUUCGUUUUCAGCUUAGACCAAAAGAUGCUUAUUGCAAUACUCCAAAUGUCCAGUAUAAGGUAGCAUUUCUGCAAUACCAUAUGUCUGAUACAAAUAUUUAUAAAACUCUAGAAAAGUGCCUCCUUUUUCAGGUAAGACUGGAUUUCCAUUAUAAAAAAACGCACCAGUUCA